AUGGGGUCAGGGAUGGAGGAUGCUGUGAUGAGGAAGGAUACUACGUGGGCCUCUGAAGUCGAGGACCUUCAAUUUCCCAUCUGGGCUCACAGAACAGCCCCUGGCACCCCACCGUCAGAACUCUACAAUUGUAAUAAGUGUGAGGAGGUAAAGGAGACAGUGCAGAGACAUACGCAGAGCAUGAGGCACAGCAAGGAGGAGCUCAACAGACUUAACCAGGCCAUCCAGAAGCUGACUGUGGAUCCCUGUGAACCAGAGGGAGCCAAGAACGCACCAGCUCUGCAGGAGGAGGGUGCCUCAGACAGUGCCAAGGGCAAGCUAGCCUGGCUGGAGGCCGCCCUGCAGAAGGCCAAGCAAGACAUGGUGCGGCAGUUGCGGGAGUACCAGGAACUCAUGAUCGUCAAGCUGGGCCUGGACUUUGAGAUCGCCACCUACCGCAAGCUGCUGGAGAGCGAGGAGAGCAGGCUUGGCCUGGGAUUGGGGGCAGGGAGCUGCACCCUGGGCAGCCCUCCCACCUGCAGGCCCAUCUCAGCCUCGUGCCCUGGCCGCCUGCUGCAGCCGGUAGCGGGCUCUGACGCCCUGGAGACGAGCGCCCCUGGCGGCGGCUGCGCGCUCUGCGGCCUCCCAGGCUGUGUUGGAGACUUCAGCUGCAGAGGCUUCCGCAGAUAUUGA